UUCAUCACAUUACCCUUCGAGAACUCGAAGGUGUAAGACAACUAUUCCGUAUAAAUAUUAUAAAGGAAAAACUAAUCGAGAUACGUCGAAGAAAGAAAAUAUUAGUUUUCCAAGAAAUCGCGGAAAAAAAGCGCGUGCUUGAUGCCGCGUCUCGAUCGACGGGUACGCGGCGAGAUCGAGGAAAAGAUAGUUAUUCAUUAUUAUUUUUCAAAAUUCUUCAUUUCACCGAGUGAUUUCAAGAUGUAGAAAUCACGUGAUCCGCGAGUGACCGUUUCCCCUCGUCCUUAUUAUUACGUGUAAUUUUUUCACCCAUUUCGAAUCGUUGUUUCGUGUCCGGGAAACGUGUUCCGACCUAUUUCUCUCGAUUUCCGAGAAACACUGUGACAUGAAUAAAGGCUUGAACGAAAAAAAAAGUUCGAAAACAAAAAACAUCGAAUCGCAGCUGAGUGAGAGUUUGUUUGGUAAAAGGUGGUGAAUCGGUGGAAGCUUCAAAAUGGCGCGGGCCUAUCGCACAGCUGUUGUUUACCGACAAAAAAACGUGUCAGACUUUCGUCCUCGCGUUCUUCGUGCUCGAUCAAAUAAAUGCGCGUUACGGAAUUAGUUGGGGCUUUAUUUCAAGACCUAUUACCAUUUUUUUCAAACGCAAAUAGUAAUACUAAGUUUAAAAACACCAAUUUUGAGGUUAUAAAACCUCGAGAAACACCACGCAGUGGAAAAUAAAAGCGAUAUCUGUGAUUUUUAUAGCCUGCUCUUUAUUAUAAUACGUUCUAACGUGUCUGUAUUUGUGCGCAAAUCAAAAUAAACGUUUAUAACCUUCGUAAAAGGAUUUAUAAUAAGAAAAUAGUGAAUUUCCAUCGUAAACUCUAAAAAUCACGCGUUAAAUAUCGUGGAUUCGAUCUCGACCCUUAAUUGACCUUUAAAAACACUACUUUUCGCGUAUGUGCUCAAUACGUGACCAACAAGUAAGAAAGAAGACGGGAAUUCCCGAAUUUAGUUUAGAAGAUGAAUGCACGAACGCAACUGUUCGAGCUGAGUAUGGAGGGUCGUCAGGUGGAUGAGGCAGUGGCGAGCAUAUUUCACACAGUGUUGUUCCACCGGAGCCUGGGAAAGUUCAAGUACAAGCAAGAGGGAAGUUAUUCGGUUGGUACGGUGGGCUACCAGGACGUCGAUUGUGACUUCAUAGAUUUCACGUACGUGUGUUGUUCGUCGUAUCAUUUGGACCGUGCUUUGAAGAGAGAAAUAUCAGAAUUUUCUGAAGCCCUGCGUUCGAACGAGAGUCCAGGGUCCGGUCAAAUAUCGUUGGAGUUUUUCCAAAAGAAGAAGAAUCGUUGGCCCUUUCAGCCAGAGUGUAUACCCUGGGAAGUUUGGACUGUGCGUCUGGAGCUGAUAAAGCUUGCGACAGAACAUGAGCGACAAAUAUGUCGCGAGAAAGUUGGUGAUUUACUGACCGAUAAAAUUUUAUACGUCACAGAAAUCAUGAAUCGACAUGAUUAUUUACCAAAAAUGCCUAAUCAGGCAGAACUCGAUCUUAUUUUCGAUACUUCUUUUCCUGACAUUCAACCUUAUCUUUUCAAAUUAUCUUACACCACCACCGGACCACCCACCACGACCAUGGGUAACACCAUGAAAAAACUCAUCAAAGAAACUCUCUCCAUAUGAACAAAAAAUCGUCGUUUUAGACUUUUUUUUUCAUACUUUACUCUCUUCUUGUGCACACUCUUCCUCGGCGGUGAAAUAAAACCGACGAAAGUAGAUUUUUCCAUUCAAAUUGAAAUUUCUGAAAUCAUUUUUUUUUUCGUUCCGUUUCUCUGUUCACGAAUCAUGGAAAAGACAUGGAAAUGUUGGGGAAACAAAGCUGUGCACACAAGUUCGAAAAUUUAAGCUUAUUUAUUUUUUGUUGGUGAAAUUACUCAUUUUUCCCUGUAUUUUUCGAUUCUUUGGCAAAAAAAAUAUUCGAAUUCAAUCUUAGACUUUUUAUUCUUUUACAAAAUAAUGAUAAAACUCAUCAAAAACUUCUCUUCAUUGAAUUCUGAGCUACUUUGAAAUUACUUUUCCUGAAAAUCGUAGCUUUUCGUUGAAAUUUUGAUUAUUUUUUCUACUCCCCCAUUUUUUUCGUUUCCGAAAAUAAUUUGUUCAUCCGUUUUCCCCAAAUAUUUCGAUUUUUUGUAUAUUUUUAUGUUUCCACGAGAGAAUUUAUUUUGUAAAUAAAAUUGUAAAAAUCACACCGAAUUCUCGUAGCCUAUGGUAAAAGCAUCGUUACAACAAUUAGUUACGAAAUUACAAAAAUUUUGAAUUCUGAAUGAAAAAAAGCGUGUUUAGGCGGAAGAUGUUGAAAAAAUGGAAAAAAGGGUUUUUAUGUCCUCAUCGCAUUGCGCGUAGCAGCCAUUGACGAAGGCUGAAUAAUGUAUAUGUUUCAACUGGUUAGUACAAAUGAAAAAGUGAACGUUGGUUUUUUCGUAACUGACGAAAAUUUCUGUCGAAUAUAAUUCGUGAUCGCAGGAUUUUUUGGCUGUAGAAAUACGUUUAUUAAUAAUUCAUUAAUUGAUAGAUUCAAAGAAGAAGAAAAAACAUCGAUUUUGCAUAGCGUCCUUUUAGAUUUGAGGCUUUUUCUCGGCUCGUGCUGGUUGAAAGGAACACAAUUUCAAUGUUUCAAUUUAUUUUAGACUACGAAAUAUUUUUUUUCUUACCAUUAUUCCCGGUAGGAAAAAACUUCAAAAUUUAUUCUUCAAUCGAUUGAUUUUUCGCAAUCGAUUAAUCGCCACUCUUGGCUCUGAUCUCCGAGCCAAAUUACGAGCCACUUGUAAUCCUCGUUUUCAUCUUCAAUUAUUAUUUGCACAGCACCCACGAAUACCUUAAGAAUUUUCCUCCCCUGCUUAGUAUAAUUUUCAUAAUGUAAAAAAUCAACAUUUUUCAUAACAUUUCAAGAAAACUAAAGUUCUGAAAGAGAUCAUUUUGCGUUCAAAUUGUUUUGGAGUAAUCGAUUGAAGUUUUCCUGAGAUGUAAUGUAUAAAGUGAGAUUUUUAUCGAAAAAAAUGUACGAAUGAUUGUUUUUUUGCUUGAGUCGCAAUUGAGCCGUUUUGCGGAAUAUCUCGGCUGUGAUAAUCGUCAUUUUAUUGUUGAGAUUCUCGUGAUCGACGUGAAUUCGGAAUUCUGAUGAGUUCCAAUGAUUUUAUUUAUUCGAAUCCGAGAUGCAAUUAGUUUUAUCGUUUGAAUAUUCACAUCACACUAUUAGUUUGAGUUCUCACACAUAUUUAUCGCCUCAGCAAGUAGAUUAAUGUCAGGCAGCCGAAUCAAGAUUUUUGUCCAUUAACGAUUAAAGUGUUUUCUCACUCUUCGAUUUUUCAUUUUCAAAGUCCUUAGAACGCUCUCUCUCUCUCUCUCUCUUGAUAAUAUUUAUAUUAAUAAUAUUAUUAAUAAUUUAUUAUCAAUUAAUAAUAAAAUUAUUAAUAAUAUUAUUAAUAAUUUAUUAUCAAUUAAUAAUAAUAUUAAUAAUAUUAAUAAAGUCUAUUCUAUUCUCUCUCUCUUACUCGCUCCUUUCAAACACUGAGCAACCGAUAUUUUUGAUAAUCUUUGAUGAUCAUUCAAAAAAUCCAUCGUAUUAUUACACUGAUGAAUUUUUUUCGCAUUACAAAAAAAAUAAGAAUUUAACAAGCCCGAAAGACGAAAAAAUCGUUGAAUACUAACUCGUUCAAAUACUGUCAGUCAUUUAUAAGAAUAACAACGCGUCCUUGUCUCUAUGCAUAAUUGAAAAAAUAGCAAUAAUAGAUUAUUUAUUUUAGCGUAAGGAAAAUUAGACGCUACAUUUUCUCGACAUCUGUCAAUACGGAAAAAUGAAAAGCUGUUUACUGAAAUACGAAAAAACAAAACAAAAACUGUCGCAAUAGAAUUCUGAUAUGAAUUCGAUGAAAUGCUAAUUUACUUUGUGGAAUGAAAAUUAUUUAAUCACUUGAUCGACGUGCGAUUAUGAGAAAAUGAUGAGUGCGAUUCUUAUUUAUUUUCACGAGUGGUACUGAGUUUCUUUUUUUAUUUCCAUUCACUAUUUCUCGCUAUUAUUUGUGCUUACGAAGCUUAUUUUAAUAGUCUCGAAUCCUAAGAGGACAAAAAAUUGAAUAAUGCACAUUUAUUGUCAGGGUUGUAAGGUCGUAAAAAAAUAUCAACUAUCGAAUAAAUAAAAAAAUGAAUUUGAACAGAAAUGUAUUCACUUAAAGAGAAGUAACUUAUCAUCAUAUUUUUAAUUAACCGAUAAAUGUUUUUCUUUUUUUUUGUUUCUUCUUUUUCCCUCAAAUGGGGAAAAAAGUGUUGGAAAAAUGCCUAUAAAUAUGUAACAAAACGCGGUGUAAUCAGAAAAUUGUAAAAUGGCCCUUGUUCUUACAAGAUGCUUAAUCUUCAAUUUUUAUUUUGUAAAUAGAAAGUUUAAAGAAUAAAUAAAUCAAUUGAACAAAAUGAAGCUUGACAAUUCUGGAAGUUUAUCAAGAACCGUUCCGCUGAGAGUUGAGAAGACAAGAAGGAACGGUUCGGGGGAGGAAUCUCCAAACUCUCAGACAGGACCCUUGUCGCUGGCACCGGUUGUGAUUUCUCUUCCGGCUGUAAAAAAAUAAAAAAUUGUAAUCUCUUCUAACGAUAGUUAUGUUCUUGAUAGAAACGAGAAGGCAAAUGAUGCAAAAAUUUAUAUGCAAUUCAAAAUUAUAUAAAAAUAUGCAUAAAAGAGGAUGUUCGAGCAGAGUGAGAAUAACACAAAGCACGUUUCGAGUCAACAUCACGAGCAGGGGGAGAAUGAUUGUAAUUUUUCGAGUAUGCUUGUUCGAGUAGAUGGAGAAUAUAAAAAACACAAAAAUCGAGGAUUAUUUAAAACGAAAAAAAAUGAAAAAAUGGUUAUAUUGUACUUGUGACGUACGAACUUAUAGAGAUAUAUAAAAUUAUAUAUAUGAAUGAUAAAAAAAUGAAAAAAUAAAAAUAAAAAACGACAACUAUUAAUGUAAAUUAUAAGGAGAGGACAAUGCGAGAAAUUGCUGCUAGUGUGAAAUUGACAUUAUUAUAAUGAUGAUGUAUGUAAAAUAUUACAUAUUUGAAUUAUUGUGUGAGAUAUAGGAUUAAUAAAAAAAAAAAUAAAGAAAAACAAAAAAAUUAAAAAAAAAAAAAAACAGCAGCCGCAACAAACAAGUCGUUUAAGGAAUUUACCAAUUAUAUCAAGAACCGCGUAAACUAUUAACAAACUAUUGUAUUUUAUAAUAAAAAUCAUCAAUCAAAAA